AUGACUUUGUUGCUCACCUUGCUUGGAGCUGCGCUCUGCUCCUUGACCGUUUCCUCUGAAGUCCAACCUCAGGCCGACUUCGACCUGCAGGGGAUGGCAGGGAAGUGGUACCUGGUUGGAUUUGCCACCAAUGCCGAGUGGUUCACCAGGCGCAAAGGCUCCAUGAAGACUGGCACUGCCAUGUUCGAUCCAACUGCAGAUGGGGACCUGGACAUGUCCUAUUCCAGUCUCAGCUCUGAUGGUUCUUGCUGGAGAAUGAACAAUCUUGCCAGGAAGACCGAAGUGCCAGGGAAGUUCACCUACAUCAGUCAGCGCUGGGGGAAUGUGAACGACAUGAGCGUGAUUGAAGUGAAGUACGACGAGUACGCCCUGAUUUACACCGUCAAAACAAAGGCACAGGAGGCGUCCGUUGUCACCAAACUAUACGGACGCGCAGAGGACCUCAACGCUGGUGUGACGGAGAAGUUCAAGCAGGUCUCCCUGGAGGCUGGAAUCCUGCCGGAAAACAUCGUUAUGCUUCCCAAAAAUGCGGAGUGCCCAGCUGCCUGA